AGAGCUAUUUAUGAUAAAAACCCUAAAUUUUCCUGGAUCUGAGAUUGCUUCGAUAGAUUUCUGCGUUGAUUGCCAAUUUGUUCGAAAUGGUAAUCGAAUUCUGGUGAAGUUUUGGCAAUUUUUCGCUGUUGAUUCUUCGCUUUUCAUAUUUUUCAAUCCAUUUGAAUGCCUCGAAUCUGACGCCAUGAGGAAGAAGCUCGAUACCCGCUUUCCUGCUGCUCGAAUAAAAAAGAUAAUGCAAGCAGAUGAGGAUGUUGGAAAGAUAGCACUGGCAGUACCCGUUUUAGUUUCUAAAGCAUUGGAACUGUUCCUGCAAGACCUCUGUGAUCGCACAUAUGAGAUAACUCUACAAAGAGGAGCAAAGACAAUGAACUCAUUACACCUAAAGCACUGUGUACAAAGCUAUAGUGUUUUUGAUUUUCUGAGGGAUAUUGUUAGUCGGGUUCCAGAUUAUGGUCAUGGUCAUUCUGAUGGUGCUGUUGAUGAUAGAAAGAGGAGGAAACCCCUUGGUGAUGAGGGCAACGAUUUUGAUGAGUUGAAGAAGAGCAAGAUGCAUGACAUGAGCCAUGGCAGCACUGGUAGAGGAAGAGGAAGGGGACGAGGACGAGGUCGUGGGCGACCUGCACGAACAGCCGAGAGGGACAACUUCCAACCUAACCUUGACGUUGACCCUUGCACAUCUAUAGAGAACAGGAACAAGAACUCCAACCCAGAUGUGCACAUGGAGCAUCACGUCGAGCCUAACGAAACACCAAAAGAAAUAGGUGAAGCCAAUCAAGCUAUCCAAAACUUUGACCUUAAUGCUGAUGUCAAUGCCAGCGAGGACUCCAAGACUGUAGCAGCAGCAGCAGCAGUGUCAGAAGCGCCUGUCGAACCAGCUGUGCCUGCUACUACCGAGUCCGAGACCAAGGCAGCUGAUGAAUUCCCUGCCUGGCCUCUUUCUGAUGUGGACAAAAUGGCAAUCGACCCUCUCCAGUAUGCACAUCUCAGCUCAAGAGUAGACGAGGAAGAGGAAGAUUAUGAUGAAGAGGAGUAACCUGGUUGACCAACCGGCUAGCCGGCCGGCUGGCCUUAAAUGUGCUGAGAAACAUCUGUUACUUGAAGCAAGCUACAUAGGAAGGAGGUGGUCAGGUCUUAAGUAGGCAAAGAAAAUAAGAAUCGGAGAUUGGAGUUCAAUCUGUCAUAAUGUCCUACCAUGUAGUUAUCGUUUUCUGAUAUUUUUUUCUUUUUUAAUGUUCUAAGUAAAUGAUUUCUCGAUCUAACAUUAGGACCGUAGCUGUUGAAAAGUAAUAGCUUGUUCAUUAUGUAAUCCAUGUGAAGAGUGUUAACCUUUGGGGAGAGGGUAGGGCUGUACUUUUUUUUUUUUUUUUUUUCUCUCUCUCUUUAUUGGGAGCUGAAAUAUGCAUGUCAAUUGUCAAACCCUAAUUAAUUUACUUAAGAUAACAGUAUUUUAGUUGGGAUUCCAA